AUACUAGCAGGCCGAUCUUGCACCCAUUAAGCCCAAAAUGCGUGACGAAAUUCGAGUCAUGCUGAGCCCGACUUAGCCCAAUAUAUAUAAACCUUACAACUUCAUUCUGAAUUCCCAAAAAACGCAACAAUGGUCAGACCUUCAUCCACCGAAACUCCUUCUCCUUCUUCUUCUUCAUCCCAUUCGGUGUCUCCUCUUCAAACAUUUUUAGUCCACCUGAUUUGUGGAGUAGGCUUAGGCGCCGGAUUCUGGGUGGCCCACAACGUCUAUUCCAUCAAUCUCGUCUCUCAUCCUUCGGACACUCUCCGUUUGAUCUGGGUUAUCGAGAGCCCAAUUGUUAUUCUUCUUUACAGCUAUUUUUGGAAAAAUCCCGACAAAGCCUCGUAUUUCAAAGCUGUGGCACGAGGCCUACUGGGACUCUCUGUUGGGGCUCUUAUAAAUGCUUUAGGAGCUAUUGCUUUGGGUGCACCUGUGGGCAUUCAGUAUAUGAAAAAUACCUUUGAUUGGUCUCUUUUAAUGUCACUGUUCACUUUUGUUCCUGCUGCUUCGGUAUAUGGUUCAUCAUGGGAAGAUUGGCGACAUAUAUUUGCACAUACGAAGCCAAAUGGAUCUGUAGACUAUAUGAUUUGUCUACCAGUGCAUGGAGCUGUUAUUGGAGCUUGGUUUGGCGCUUGGCCAAUGCCGCUUGAUUGGGAGAGGCCAUGGCAGGAAUGGCCGAUUUGUGUGAGUUAUGGAGCCUUGGCAGGGUAUCUGAUCGGAAUGGUGGCAUCUCUUGGCUUUGUACUCAUUCGUCGAAGACAACAUCAUCAAAAAGGAGACUAGCUGUCAAGUAAUUAUCAAUUAAUAGUCGAGUCAAGUAUGUGUUCUUGGAUUUUUCCCAGAAAUAGAGCUGCUUCUGUUUUUCACUCCAGUGUGAUUUGUUUUAGUGGCUAGGGCUUAGUCUUUUGGUGCAUUCUUGUUGGGGCUUAUAGUUAAUCCAAUGCAAAGAUAAAAAUUGAAAAAUCUAUUUAUUUCUUGUUUGUGCUAUGCAAAAUGAGCUUUCAUUUACAUGAACUGCUGCUCGUUCCGCUACACGUGUUCUUAAUGAGCAAUUGAAAAUUGAUAAAUUGAGCGAAAGCCUAGAAUUCAGAAUUCCCUUGCAUUGUAAGUUGAAUGUUUAUUAUU